UCCCUGCUUCUGGGUCGUUAUCACACUCAGCCAAUUCACCCGUGAGUUCAAGAAAAAUUUCAAGAAUCCAAGUAAAGCAGGAAGAAACAUAAAUAAAAAAUCUUCCAACUUAAAUGUUCGAGACAGUAUAGAAGUUUUGCAUGGGCGGACAAGCUCUGGAAACUCAAAACAAAAAAUGACCGAAAAAAAUAACAACAAUACGAUUGAUAACAAUUAUGAAGGACGGGCUAAGCAUUACCGUGGGGACCCGUGCGUAAUUCCAGAUCCAUCCGAAAGAGACAAGGAGAUAAGGCAGUUGUUGGGUAUUUUAACGGGACGAAACUUAAAUGAGUCUAAACAAAAUUCUAGACAAUCUCAGGAAACCUUUGUUGUAAAAAACUCCGAAGAAUGCUUCAUCGAAAAAGAAUGCAAAAAUAAAGUAAAACUAAGUAGCAGUCUAGCUAAACUAUUUCCACAAAAAUUUAUAACAAAACUACAACAUAAAUCAAAGGCUGAUUUAAAACACUCCGAAGAAACAAAAUAUAAUGAAUUGAACGAAAUUGUUCCAAUAAAAGAAAAACGUAUGACAGAAGAUGUUCAACCAACAAUUUGUGGAGUCGCACAGCACGAGAGAUUAUGUACCAACCAUUCCACAUUGUCAUAUGGGUCUAAAAAUAAUGUUAUUCACAAUAGUAGAAAUGUAGAACAUGUAAAUGAUGCCAAUCUUAUUCUUAAUAGAAAUAUACACGUGUUUUUAGAAGUAGAACAGUUUACAAAACAAAAACCUAUAAUGUUGACUCGGAAACAAUAUAAUAAAGUUAAGAGAACGAUACAAAACACUGUAUGUAAAAAGUUUAGCAAUGACAGAAGAAAGGCAAAUUACUAUAGUAGCGUUACCAUUGGAGAAGUAAGAAUAAAAUCCAAAUUUCAGAAAGUGUUACGAUUAAGCAAGGAGGUGCAAACUGAUAAUACAAAUAUUAAAAAAAUCAGCUCUGAUACGUUAUCUGACAAGUAUAAUGAAUCUGAAUGUUCGUUUAAUUGGGAUAUCGAAAAGGAAAAGAAAAAUGAAAUUAGCCAAUCAACAACUGAGGAAAGUAAAAAUGCUCAGUUAUUGAGUAAGCCAAGAAACAUCGUUUCAUCGAUAGAGGUCCGAUAUGCUAGCGUAUCACUGAUGAAGCAUGUUACUUAUUCUUCACUUGCUUGUAAUAAAGAUAAUUCGAAUUUUGUGGAACAAAAGGAUUCCAACUCAAUUCAUACUAUUUUUAAAGGUCACAAGAAGUCAGUGACACCAAACCUCGGGACAUCUGCAUAUUCUUUGUACUCUAGCAAUAGUAACCAUACAAGCCUAAGCAAAGGAUCUCAAUUGAUCGACUCAAAAAAGAAGCCACUACUGCAGCGUUUGGUGUCGUGUCUCAUAAUGAGAUCAAAAAUGUCAGAAAUAAAAAUAGGCAAACCACGUCAUAAGCAACCAACUAAGAAUAGCUCAAUUAACUCGUAUAAUAUCAGCACAUCAUUCGCGGGUGUGGAAAUACCAUCGUCAUUAUACGACACGUCCGCAUCUUUUUAUAGUAACCAUACAAUUUUGCCUGUGUACAAGAUGAAACGAAGCUUCUUCAGUUCCGUUAAAGGAUUUCUUACUCAUCACCGAAAUUGAAAACCUUUCAUUAUCUAUAAUGUUUUUUGUUAUAUUAAAAAAUACGUAUGGUUUACAAUAUUAUAGAUAUUAUUAUCAAUCGAAUAUACUAAACAAUGCUAAAUCAUCUUAUGAUGAAUAAUGUGAA